GUAAUUGACGCGAUGAAGAAAUUCGCGUCGUUAACGGAAAAGACGCGCCGGUUACUGCUGGAUUCUUCUCUCACAUCAUCCUCAAAACGUAAGCAACUGGCAUUGAUGAUGAACGAAAAUUUUAAUCUAAGGAAACAAAUAUUUGGCAGAGAAGCAAUGUGCGCGAAUAAUCUAAGAAUGAUCGAGUUAGCAAAUCGACAUGGAUUUGCUGCCAAAUUCACCGGAUCUGGGGGCGCAAUUGUUGGGUUAUGGGAUGAGAACGGGGAAACCAAUGCAAUUGACAUCAGGAGCGACUCGGACGGGAAUCCCAGUGAUACUCUUCAUUUUGGAAAUCAAACCCAGGGAGGUGAACCGUGUGACGGCGAAAAGGAAGCGUUUCAAAUGGAAAAGUUAAAGAGAGAGUUGCAAAAGGAAGGAUUUGUGUUUUGCCGGGUUAAAAUCUGUAAUGAAAAAUAUGAUAGAAUCGGCUAA